AUGGGUGGUGUUUUCGGAACUGCAGCGCACUAUCUGCAACGAUUACUCGAGAAACUGGCAGCUGAAUCUGCUGACAAUUUUGAAAACGACGGGGAAGUCCAAGAAGCAAUGGAACAUCAAAAUUUCAGCAAUUGUGAAAAAGAUACGCAAAAUUUUUAUAAUUUAGCUGUUUGUGAUAGAUCUAAUACUGGAAAAACCACAUUAGUUAAUUGUCUUCGGGGUCUUCCGGAUGCGAGAAAAACAAUUGAUUUCGUCUACAGAGAAGAUGCACCGGCACCUAUUGGUAUCAAUGAAACAACAACAAAACCUACACGCUACCGUUGA